AUGGAAAAUAUCAUAGAGUCUGGUAGUCAACCUUCCAACUCUUCACUUCAUGGAUCUACAGUGGUGGAAGCUCAGAUUGUUGAGAUAAAUAAUGAUCAACAGAAUGUGCAACCUACUGCUGCGGUUCUUCCGAAGGAAAGGAAGGUAGUUGAAUCCAGAUCUCCUGUGUGGGAUCAUUUUGAAAAGAUUGUUGAUGAGAAUAAUGUUACUAUUGAGGGCAAGUGUAUAUAUUGUGCCAAAAUAUAUAAAUGUGAGACCAAAAAACAUGGUACUUCAUCAUUGAGAACCCACAUGUUUAACUGUCUUAAAAACCCUCACUCAAAAGACACAAGGCAAUCACUUCUGACCUUUCAAGCUGUUACCAAUUCUGAUGCAUCUCCUGCUACUGUUGGUGAGUUAGGAACUUGGGUCUUUAAUCAAGAAGCUAUUAGGAAGGCCUUAGUUGAAAUGAUUAUAAUAGAUGAACUCCCUUUUAGAUUUGUUGAAGGUCCUGGAUUUAGGAAGUUCAUUCUGGUAUGUUGUCCUAGGUUUAAGAUUCCAUCAAGAUGGACAAUUAGUAGGGACAUCAAUUUGAUUUAUGAAGAGGAAAGGCUCAAGUUGAAGUGCAUGUUUAGGGGAAACACUCAAAGAGUCAGUAUUACUACUGACACUUGGACUUCUAUUCAGAGAAUUAACUACAUGGUAGUUACUGCUCACUUUAUAGAUGAAGAGUGGAGGCUAAAUAAAAAAAUUAUUUCAUUUGUCCCUGUCACAUCACACAAAGGUGAGUCUGUUGCAAAAUCCCUUGAAAACUGUUUGCUUGAUUGGGGUAUUAGAAAUGUCUACACUAUUACAGUGGACAAUGCAUCAUCAAAUGACACUGCCCUAGGUUUUUUAAAAAAGAAAUUGAUGUCUUGGGGAACAUCUACUGUGAAGGGCAAGUACAUUCACAUGAGAUGCAUUGCCCAUAUUUUGAAUUUAGUUGUGCAAGAUGGGCUAAAACAGUGUGAUGAUUCUGUGAAGAAGGUUAGGGAUGCUGUAAGGUAUGUGAGAAGUUCACCUGCUAGACUUAAGAAAUUUAAGGACUUGUCUGAAUGGCUUGGGAUUGAAAAGAAAUCUUCUCUGUGUCUAGAUGUUCCAACCAGAUGGAACUCUACAUAUCUUAUGUUACAAUCUGCAAUAUUUUAUGAGAAAGUGUUUUAUUCACUUGAAGAAAGUGAUUCUUCCUUCAAAUCAGAUUUGGGUGAUUCUAUUCCUAACUUUCUUGAUUGGGAAUCUGUGAAGAGUUUGGUGAAUCUGUUGAAGUGUUUUUAUGAUAUGACAAUAAGAAUUUCAGCUGGUGGUUCUGUGAAAUUGAUGGGGGAAACUAUGAAGGUUAAAUUUGAAAAGUAUUGGGGGGAUAUAGAUAAGAUGAACUUGAUGAUAUUCUUUGCAAACAUUCUUGACCCCAGGGACAAAUUAGAGUACAUGCCAGCACAGAUCUUACACAUGUAUGGUGAGUUAAAAGGUAAAACCUACUAUGAGAAAGUGGUUGCAGCUUUUACAUAG